AAAAAUUCUCUAUAACCCGAAAAGCCCUAGACUUAAAACCCUAACCCUUUACCUUAAGUGAUCUUUGCUGCUCUCAUUCUGUCUACAAGCUUCAAUGGCGGUCUCAGUGAUAUCAAUGGAUAAGAUUAAAGCUUUCUGGCACUCUCAGGUUCAUGACGAAGAUAAAUGGGCUCUCAACAUGAAAUUACUUCGUGCUACAGCUCUCUUUGGUGGUUCCAUCAUUUUGAUGCGCCAGUAUGGUGAUCUCAUGGCUAUCUGAAGGACGAUUGAUAUUCAUUCUAAGCUUCAGAUUUCAGUCGGAUUAGGACCUAAUCUCUGCCCUCCCCUCUUUUCCCCCUUUCUGGAUGAAGUACGAAUUUUUAUGAACUAAAAGUAGUCGAUAUCGGCUGAUAUGGAUUUCUUAAAUUACCUAGGACAGUUUAUUACCUAAUUUGUUUUUGUUGCCCAUUUGUACUUGAAAUUUUUAGAUACUCCAUAUAUGUUUGUGA